UUUCAGAUUGACGCGCUCCAGAGCGGACGCGUCUGUGCGUCGUCGUCUUUCUUGUCCGUAUCAACGGCUUAAAGCAGGCUGGAAUCAUGAAGACCUUCCUUGCUGCCGUCCUCUUCUUCGAUCUCUGUCUCGUGUGUCUCUCUACAAGACCUAACGGCCCCAUGGUUCAGGUGUACAGUCGGGGCCCGGGUUGGAUGGAUAAGAAGAACGUCCUGAUCUGCCAUGUCAGCAACUUCCACCCACCAGAGAUCAGAAUCGACCUUUUGAAAAACGGUGAAGUGAUUUCUGAAGCCGAGCAGUCGGACCUUUCCUUCGAGGACAACUGGCAGUAUCACCUCAUCAAGCACGCAGACUUCACCCCCACCUCGAGUGACAAGUUCGCCUGCCGGGUGACUCAUGAGAAGACAACAAAAGAGCACACCUGGGAACCAGACGAGUAACUUCUUCCUCAUCCUUCUCCGUGAUUGAUCAAGAAAUGAAAACCAAUCUGUGCUGAAGUGAAUGAACAAAAUGACUGUUGUGUAUACAGAGGGAAGAGCCUCAUUCAGUCUUCAUUCAAAAUGCUUUGCUAAAAAUCUCUCCAGUACUGUGGGACUCUAAUUGUCACUCUUAGUACGCUCUUAAAAUGCAGGGCUGUGGUGUGCAAGAUCAAUUUUGGGACUAAUAAAAUGUUGGGAAAAUAA